AACGUGGCAUCGUUCGUAUUUCAGUUCAUAUCGCGUGUAAGUCACGGAAAGUCAUUAAUGCUUAUGGAAAUAACCAUUGCACGUACGUCUGACGUUUAAUAGUUAUCUAAUAAAACAUCGGAUGAUAAUCACGCGAAAAAUCAUAUGCAGCAAUAUAAAAGAUUAUACACACUUCAAAUGAAUCUACUUUUAAUGGAAUUCUCCCAUCACAUAGAUAUGUCUGUUGUGUACUAUUAAUUUGUUGCCAAUAUACUCGCAAUUAAACGAGUGAAUAAAUGAGGUUAAACGAGUAAAUAUGUAAAUAAACUCUAAGUAAGCAGAAAUCUCACUCGUUCAUUUAUUAUUACAUUAAACACAAUACCUUAGAUGCUCCAUGUAUGUAUUUCUGCAUAUUAUAUGCGCAAACAGUAGUCUAUAUUGCGUAUGAUCUAUACAUAACCAAAAAAAAAAAAAACAAGCGAGGAAAGUAAUUUUGAAAUUCCCUUUGAAUCAGCUGAGGAUCUUUCAAGAACCGGCGAGCCUACGUGGAAGUUGCAAUCAACAUUAAAUGGUCAUCGCAAUUAAGCACCGCAAUACCGUGAAAUCAGUCCAAUCGGACAGUGGUGUACGACUAAACUCGCUGGCAGUGGUCUUCUUUACACCAUCUAGCGUCUAGUCGGCCGAGCGUUUCCAUGUCCCCGCAGCUGCGCAGGUGUAUCACCGGCACCUUCUCAUUAACAUCUUGCCCGAAAAGCCAGUCACGCCAGCAGAAGGAUCUGGUGCGGUCGAGUCAUCUUAUCGAUUUCGUUUCGGCGGCCGUUCACGUCGAUAGGAUCACUCUCGGCAUAAGUUGUUUACACUGAUCGGGAACAGUGAUUUCGGACAGUUGUUGGAACACUCGAGGAUAUCGGAAGCUGAUCGUAUCCGGAUAAGAGGAUGCAAUGGACGGGGGCAGAAGCGACCGUUCUGGCAAAAGGCAAAGGAUCUCCCGCGAGGUCAAUAAAUCCUCCUCGGACACUGAGCUAGCGCAGGGUAAAAACAAAAGUCGAAAGAGCAAAUCGAAGGAAAAAUGGCCCUUGCUGGAAGGGCUGACAGUGGACGAACUGGCUCGUUAUCGAAGAAGACGUAUACAAGGCCAACCGAAAGAUAAUCUUGGACUCAAUAUCGAGGCUGAAAGCGAGGACCUCGUGUCCGAGUAUCGUGAAGCUUUCCGCGCGCAGAGCGAGGAAUUCCUGAAGGAAAAUACCUGGUUGGAAAAUAAUAAACGGAGCGAGGAUCUUCAGACGAAGGACUCGACCGAAGAUAAAAGAGUUUUUGAUAGGGAAGAUAUCAAAGAACACGAGGAGGGAUAUACAGAGCUUCCAACUGAAUAUAUAAAGGGCGUGUCUUCUUUGACGCAAGUCAAUAACGAUAAAACGAUGGAGACUGAGGCAAAUUCCAAUAUGAUCCACGCUAGUUCUUCUAAACGACCUUCUUUGAUCAGAAGGGGUACCACUUUAAAGCGUGACGGAGAAUUAUACACAGACACCGAGACCUAUUCGUCAUACGUUGCCUACGAAGGUCAGCAUAAGCCCGAGCUAGCACGUAGACCCACGUCUUUAAAAAUGGAGGGCGAUUUAGAAACGACCACUGAAAAAUGUGAGAAAUUCAUCCAGUGGCUGAAUGUUAGCCGACCGGAACUUAUGCGUGUGCCUACACAUUUAAAACUUGAGGGUGAAUUCGAAACUACCACGGAAAAUCAUGAAAAAUACGUGCCAUUUGUAGGUGUUCGAAGGCCGGAGUUAUUAAGGCAGAACACAAAUUUGAAAUUAAAUGGAGAGGCUAAUUUCGUGCCGGAAUAUGCCGAUGUGUUUAAAAGACACAACAGUAGAGAACGUUCGCAGCCAGUAAAACCUGAGACUCAUCUAAAGACUGGAAACUCUUUUUUCCAAAGUACCGAGCACGCUGAUAAUUUUAUUGAUUGUCGUACUAGAGAAGCGCAACUGAGAAACGAAUCGAACAAAGCUAUCGAAGAAGAAGAAGAGAGACGAAAAAGGGAACUGAAGGAGAAACAGCAGAAAGACGAAGAAAUGAGAAUGUUGGUUUCAAAGUUGGAAGAUUUGAAAGGUCCGCCACUUGAAAUUCCGGAAUAUAAAGACGCGUAUAAGGAUUUCCCAAGAGAGAGGCCUAAAAUAAUAAAACCAGAAGAUGAAAUUGGACGAGCUGAUGGCACGAAAAUAUCUCCCUCGCCUACGCCUAAAUUCACAUCAAAAAUCGAUCAAGAUCCGGAAUAUAAGUCGAAAUACUUAGAUUAUCAAAGAGACUACCCAGUAUAUCGGAAACCACCGUUGAAUUUGAGAUCAACGUACGCUACUCCGGAGCAUACACGUUUUGGUAGGCAAGAAUGCAAACGGCAUGACCACGAGUUCACAAGCGAAGUGCGAGCGCAGUAUAUUCCCUAUGGCCACAUACCAAGAGUUGAAACGUUAAAGAUGCCAGCCAAUUUACGUUUAGAGGGUAAUCUUAAUCUUGAGCCGGAAUAUAGAACUGCUUACUGUACAAAACGUGAGAGUCAAUUACAAAACGAGCCGAGGACAUGUCAUCGACGAGAUCGUAGUCUGAGCGCUUCCAAGCGAAAAGAGAAUUAUUGGAUUAAUAACGCAGAGCAAUUUGGUUUCACAAAUGCUGCCCAAGAUCAAGACGCAUUUCAAGUGUUGAACACUCGAGUUCACGAAGAUAAUAUCUGUGGAAAACCACCAACAGGUAGUCGAAGGAGUUCAAAAUCUUCGCAGACGCAUGUGCAAAGGCAAACACAGGUAGAUAUGUCAGAAUAUAAUAGAGUAAAGGAUAGAUCGACUAGCCCAACUUACCGACUUCAUGUCUGUAAUGUUGAUGAUGAACCAAAAGGUUUCCGAAGUAGACGCUCGCCAUCGCUUCAGUCUUCCGGAAGGACACGCAAUCCUUCACCAGAUUAUGUACUUCAAAGUAAUGCUAUCAGGCCAUAUUCUCCUAGUUUUGGUAAAAGCACCAAGCAACAACAUUCUAAUGGCCAGUCGUUCGUUGUUUUGGACAAUGGGAUCUUUGACACAAAUAAAAAUGAAAUUCGCAGAAAACAAACAGACAGAAAUUACAAUAUUGAUGGUACUCUUCCUGUUUCUAAAGGAAGAGCAAAAACUCCAGCAAAUUGGAUGCCACCGUGGUAUGAUAGUACAAAUACUAUCUAAACCAAUAAACGCAUACCAAAAAGGGCUUUGUACUUUUUAAUAUUAAUCUAGAACAAUAAAAUUUCUAUAUAAAUAUAGGUUGUAUAAU